ACCAUCAGUAGAGACAGCGGCAUUGUAGACGAGGCUGACGACGGGCUGCUGAAAUGGCGGGAAAAGGAGAAGUUGGCGCCAAAACCUCCGGAGGCGCCGGAGCAGGAGGAGACAGUCAGGAGAGACGACCUGGCAGAUGAGGACGACCUGGGCGUCACGAACUACAAGCGGAUGAAGAGUCAGAUCCUCGCCAUGGGCCCCGGAGCGCUUUACUCUGACCCGGACUUUCCCGCCAGAGCCUCGUCACUCUUCUACAGCAACCAGAACAUGGACCCAAGGAUCGUUUGGAAGAGACCACAGGAAAUUAUGGGAGUGACGAACCCACGUCUGCUAGUGGACGGGAUCAGCCGUGAUGACGUCAUACAGGGCAUGCUGGGAGAUUGCUGGUUCCUGGUGUCUCUGGCCGCCAUCUGUCGGGAUUCUGCUCUCAUGGAAAAGGUUGUCCCGCGUGACCAGUUCAUGUGGCAGGAGGGACAGGGCGAGGGGAACUAUGUCGGCAUGUUCCACUUCAAGUUCUGGCGCUACGGGAAGUGGGUGGACACGAUCGUGGACGACCAGCUGCCUACCAUGGCCGGACAGCAGCCGAUGUACUGCCGAUCCAGCGACCCGAACGAGUUCUGGAGCGCUCUGGUGGAGAAGGCGUACGCUAAACUACGAGGUUCAUAUGAGGCUCUGAAUGGGGGCCAGGCUAUUGAUGCUCUUGAGGACCUGACAGGGGGGAUGGCAGAGAGCUACGCGUUGAACAAGGCGCCAGGAAACCUGUACCAGAUCAUGAGGCGAGCCUUCAAGAAACGAGCUUUCUUCACCACCUCGAAAAAGACGACACAAGCCCUGACUCAACAUGGCGUCACAGCACAAGGUCUUGUGGGAGGUCAUGCCUACAGUAUCACAUCUGUUCACAUCGUCCACAGCAAUUUUGGUGACUUCCCUCUGGUGCGGAUCCGCAACCCGUGGGGCGACGGCACAGAGUGGUCGGGGGACUGGAGUGACUCGAGCCCACUUUGGAACCGUGUCCCUCAACACGAGCGGGACAGAAUAGGAUUCACAGACAAGGAUGACGGAGAGUUCUGGAUGGAUUUUAAGGACUUCUGCCAACACUUUACGGAAGUGACCAUCUGUACGAUAGGGCCAGACUUUGAUGCUGAUGCCAUAGCCGAUGUGGAUCGGGAGUGGCACCAGGCAAACAUCAAGGGGUUCUGGGAGAAGGGCACGUCAGCAGGCGGCUGUAGGAACAACAUCAAGGCUUACGCUACAAACCCACAGUUCGCACUCAGAAUACUGGAGCCAGAUGAGUAUGACCCAGAGAUCGAUCCACCAGAAGACAAGGGGAAGUGUAAGGUGGUGGUGGCCCUGAUGCAGGAGCACAGGAGGUCACAGAGACACCUGGGGGUCAGGAACCUACAGAUGGGGGUGCAUGUCUACAAGGCCGGCAAUGACCCCCACGAACGCCUAAAACAGAAAUACUUCAUGUACCACCGCGACGUGGCGAGCUCCGGCUCGUACAUCAACCUUCGGGAGGUGUUCCUCCGCGCUAACCUGGAGCCGGGAGACUACAUCAUCGUUCCCUCAACAUUCGCCGCAGACGAACAGGGCUCUUUCCUCAUCAGGAUCUUCACAGAGAAGAACAUCGAGGUCAAACCACUACGUAACCAGUUCAACAUGUACUCCUACAACUGUUAUGUACAGGAUAAGUGGUAGAGUGAAGACUGAGAAAUUCAAUCUUUUCCUACAACUGGUGUGUACAUGACAAGUGGUAGAAGAAAGACUCUUUUUAGUUAUUAAACAAAGUUUUUUAUUCAGCUGAUUUUUCAUCCAGCUGUUUAUAUUCUGGCUACUGGUAGAUUGCGUUGCAAAAUCCUUUGAACAAAAAUGUUCACUGUAAGGAAAUUAAGUUAAACAUUGUAUAGUGGGAUGUGCGAUAGGAGGAAAAACCUCUAUGGUGCUUCAAAUGCGAGGUAUACUGCAAUGCUUGCUGUUAUACUGAUAUUAGGAUAGAAAAAGAACUACCUUUAAGUGUGCGCAAUGUCAAAAUCACAAAUUUGGAAUGGAGGAAAAGAAAAGAUUAAGACCACUUGCAUUUGCCCAACAACAUCAAUAAAUGUUAGGAAAUUGUACCAGCAAUGUCAUCAUAUUUACAUCUUCACAAAUGUAAUUAGAUUGGGAAGAAAGCAGACAAUACCUUUACUGUGGAUUUGUAGACGAUAUAUCGUAAGAAUGAAAUUGAAGGUGGAUGUUACUGAAUGUAUGAGAUGUGAACAGUAGUCAGUUGUUUCUAUAGCCGAUCUGUUUAGAUGGUAGGGAGACUUUGGUGAUACCAUACAAGGUUUCUGAGAGUCGAGAAAAAGAAACUAGAAAGUCAAAGGAUAACAGAGUUACCUGCACUGUUACAUUUGGUGAGAGAGUUGUCUUAGUUUUCUUUUGAGCAGCAGCAGUUCUGAAACAGUAUCUUACGUGAACAUGUACAAAACUAUCCAUAUGAGAAAAGGUAUAAAAGGCCCACUAUAAGCUUUGAAACUCACAGCCUAUAAGGCCUUUGCUUUCAAAUUCUGGCUAUUUGCUUUUAUAACCUUUAAGGUCAAAAACAGAUUUAUACUAUAAUAGAUAGAUCUAGAUUGAUAUAGAUGGCAGCUUCAAUGCCUGAGUUGACUGAAUAUGACUGUUAGAAACCCAACAGAUGCUCUUGAUUAUACAAUUGAUAUAAUGACAAUUCUUGUCCCUUUAUAUCUUAAGUGUAAAUAGUAUAUAAUCCCAUACAUGUGAACCCUUAAGAAUGUGGCAAUAAAAAAUGCAUUAUGCUUCACCUGUAAGAAAAUAGCAAGUUGUAAAAAGCAGAAAAGGUGUUUUGGACAGACUUGAGGUGCAUGUUCUUCUGAUACCCUUAUUCCUUAGCUACAGUAUGACUGACAUCACUUGUUGACAACUUUGGUGAUAUUAUUGAAAGGUAAUAAAGACAAAAUGCCACGUCUGU